CCACUUGGACAUGCCUGGAAGACCUCCAACGAAAGGCUUCGAGGAAGGAUCCUGAUCAGAUGCCCGAACCACCUCAACUGGCUCUACUCCAAGAUCCCUACAUGGCAGAGGCAGAGGGCAUCAAGUGGAAUGAAACCAGUGCUUUGAAGCAGAUCCUGAACAGCUUCGCCAACAGGAUGAGAAGAGGGGGAAAGCAAUGAGUUACACCUUGAAGCAGUCAACCGGCUUUGGAAACCAACUAUCCUGAAGAUUUGAUUUCUCCCAGAAAAGAAAAACAACUUAUGACACGAUAAAUGGAGAGAAACAAGAAAAGCCUUCUCCUGUUUCUACUUCUAGCUCUGCUUCAUGUCUGCACUGUCAGAAUGGAGGUUGCAGACUGUCCGAGCCACCCAGAUAAAAAUCUCACCUGCUACAAUGACUACGAUCGUAACAUCACUUGUGUGUGGAACAGUGCAUACGACCACACGGAUGCUGUGUGCACACUACACGCUAAAAGGAAUAUUUCGAACAAGAAACGUGAAUAUUACACUUGCUGUAAGCUAGAGCCUGUUGACAUCUCCAGACCAGCGCUAAAGAAGUGCUCCCUGUACUUCCACAAAGAUAACAUUUUUCAGUGGUUCCAUGUAUUGUCCAUUGAUCUGAUCUGUGAGGAUGUGAAGAAAAUUUAUACAAUUUCCUACAAGCCAGUUUGCCACAUAAAGCUGAACCCUCCAGUAAAACCAGAUAUCAACUUUACCACCAUUUCCUGGUUUCCCCAAGUUGCACCCUAUUCGAGACUCAACGUUUACGCCUCGCAGCUGCAGUGGAAAACAGAGGAUCAGUCAUGGAGUGAUCCCUCUGUGCAGGAAAAAAAAAACCUUUGCAAUUUGGAGCACAAGACAGAGUGCGAGAUAGAGCUGGACCCCGACCUGCUUAUAAAAGGAGAGAGGUACGAGGCACGUGUUCGAGUGAAGGCUGAAGAACGGGUCGGAUCAAUCUGGAGUGACUGGAGCCCCACUGCAUCAUGGGUGUCACCUGAAGGUAGACCAAAACCACCACCACCACUAUCAGGUGUUGCCGCGAAGAUAUGGGGCAUGAUCAUCGCAGGCGCAGGGUUUGCCUUCUUUCUGGCUGUCAUACUCUUGAGGAAUGACAAAGGCACCUGGGUUUACGAGAAGAUCAAAGGUUCGCCCAUACCAGACCCAAGAAAAUCCUCCCUGAAGAAUAUGAAUUUCCAGAAUUGGUUGAGCCCUCACUCGACCAGCAAACUCUUUCUCUCCUUGAAACCGGAGGAUAUCAUCUCUGUAGAGGUAACCUCCACUGCGGAUGCUGUCACACGGUGCAAGAAAGAGGCGGCACUGCUGGAGAAGAUGAAAAGCGAGAAUGGCUAUGAGUCGACCAGUUCCAGCUUCUCCAAUCCCAGUUACUCCCACCUGUGUGCUACUCCUCCGGUCUCCUCGUCCACCACAGGGAAUGUGGAGCCCUGUACCGCUGAUACACCUAAUGGGUCUGUUGGUAGUCAGGUUGAUGGUAAAACUGCAGAAGAGGUUAGGGAGGAAGAAAGAAAGAAAGAACUGGAGAUCCAGCAGUUGCUUUCCAAAGGCAACAACAACAGUGAGCCAGUGCAGGUCAUUUCAGACUAUGAGAAACCGCCGGUCGAGCGCUUCAGGCUCCAGAGUCUUGACUCAGGUAUGUUCAGUGGCGAAGACGUUAGUCAAGAGAGUCUUGACUCAGGUAUGUGCAGUGGCGAAGACAUUAGUCAAGAGAGUCUGGAAGCAGAUAGCAUUGGUGCGACUGACAGCCAUGAUGAGGGGUCAGAGGACAAAAAGCAGGAGAGAGAGGGAGGGGAUGGAAAAGUAGGUUUCAAGAUGCUGUUUGGAGGCAGUGGAAGCCUUUUUGGCCAGCAGUGUAUUCAGGUUUGUUCUGAUUAUGAGCAAGUCCAGAGGAUGCCUCCUUGCAGCCCUGAGCUGCCCAGCAUGGAUUCAGGGGUUUGUAGUGGGAGCGAAGAGCAGGUGAGUCAUGAGGAGAGCCUGGAGGACUUUGAUAAGUCCAUUGAAUCCACAAGCUUCCAGUUUCCUCUGACUCUUCCCUGUACUUUACCAUGCGCCUUGUCUUCUUUCCCACAACUACCUUUGAAGUUCUCUGGAACAGAUAUGAGUCCACCUCUACAACCUUCAAGUCCAAGUCACAAACUGGAGGGGAUCGCUCUGAUGACAAUGUCCAGGUCAAUGGAACCUUCUGGUGAUGGAUAUAUGCCAGCGAGACAGGAAGAGAGUUAAAAACAGAUAUCUCUGCAGUAUGUAGUAAACGGUAAAUGAGGUAGAAUAUGAUAUGAAGCACACGGAGGAUUAUUGACCAGCUGGAUUCAUUCAGUUACCUCAUGCUUGUUAAUCAUUCUCAGCAGUACGUAACAUCAUAGCAUUUUAUACAUUUAUUAAGUGUUCAAUGUCCCUGAAAGAAGGUUUGAUUUAAUGAUUAGAUUUUUUCCCUGUACUCUCAUAAAACAUAUUUAUGAUGAAUAGUUAUCAUUUAUUUACCUGCAUGCUGAGUUCCUUAGCUUGAUGAGACAACAUAAGUAAACAAAAAUAAUGACAAUAUUACAUAAUUAGUUAGCUAGUUUUGCUAUUGCUACAUAUGCAGUUUUAGCAUUAACAGCUGUUUACUUUCCAGUCUAGAAGAAAAUUUGCAAGUUCAGCAUCAAACCUCAUUUACUACUUACUUUACUCUCCAAGAGCUUUCUCUAUCUGUGGAAAUCAACACCUUGCCUCUAUCUCUUGUCUUGUCUCUAUCAUGUCUUCUACUGAAGUUAGCACGCUAACCAGCUACCCCCAGCCCAUCUCAUUUUUUAAUGAGAAUGACUCAUAUUAUUAUAAAGACAAUAAUGGCAGAAGCUCUUGUCAUGCGACAAUCACCACAACCUGCUCCUGGCAAGAAACCACGUUUGGCAGCAGAGAAAACUGACAAAUAGCCCCUUUAAACAUUGGGGGAAAAAAUGAAAAAUAUGUGUAUUUCGUUUUGCUCAUUGCGAGAGCCGUAGAGACCAUGAUAUUGUAUGAUUAAUAUCGUGAAGAUCAACUGUUACUGUAGCUCUUGAGGCAUUUUCUACUUGUUUUAUAAGGAUCCAUAAAUGUCACUGGUGAACAUUAAAAUGGCCGCUCUGUAAGUACAAUGAUGCUGAUUUGACCAACAUUAGUUUAUGUGUCCGCUCCUGUUUUUUUUAAAUUCCAUCAGCGGGAUCGGGGGUCAGAGGUCAGAGGUCAGACUCACUGAUGACUGUAGAUAUAAGAGGAUUGUGUCUGAUGGAAAAAGCUAUACCGAACCAUAAAAUGUUAGUGUUAUUUGUUACUUAACCUUAGACCACCAAGAAUAGCUAGGUUAUUUUUUUAUGUUUUUUAAUCAUUAAGGUAUCUUGUCAAACAUGUUGAAUGUAUUUCCUACCUCGUAAAGCCUUUGCAAAGCAUUUAUUUUUGAAUGUUUAGAGACCUUUUUACUCAGGCUUGCAGUAUUCUUCUUCUCCUCUUUUAACAGUGCAUUGAUACUGUACCCACUGGCUGACUGUUAGUACAGGCUGCAGUCAACAGAAUUGUUUUAUUGAGUCUCUCCUGUGCUCAUGGCUCAUGUGUGUGUUCAACAAGAUGUAUAAACAAUACAAAGACCUACUCAUACUUCAUUGCACCACUAAAGGUCCGAAACUCUAAAGGAGAGCUAUAAGGUCACCAUAAAUAUUAAUUUUACUGAUUUAUAUUGGUGUGGCAGCUAUAUUAAACAUUGUCUUUUUUAAAAAAAAUCUUUUUUAACCCUUUAUUUCUUUCUUAAUAAAAGCAAAUGUCAAUAAAAGGACAAAGGUUUUUGUGGAUGAACAGUCAAAAAGUUCCCUUUUGCCACUCACCUGCCAUGUCACUUGAUUUGUUGCUGUUUUCACUCUACACUGUAUGCAGUAAUGUAAUGUACAUGCUGAAGAAGACAACUUUGCUCAAUGUGAGCCAUAAUCCUUAUAAUAUUGUCUGUAGUUGAAUUCAACAUAAAAUGGAAAUAAACUAUCUACCUGCUUUCAA